GCAGUUCCCUGAAACAGAACAGACCAGGAAAACGCGCGCGCAAAUGCAAGAAGAAAAGAAGAUGAUGGAGGUUCCAGAAGUCCACGGGAUCAAGAACCCAGAAGCGCCAAGCGCAGUGGAUUCCAGCUUCAUCGCAGAUCUCAAACAGACCCAACAGCUCGAUUCAGGGGCCGCCCUUCAGUCAUUUCUCGAUCACAUUCCCAUCAGUUCCGUCCCUGGAAUUCGAAACUCUCCUGAUGUCUUGGUUACGGAGCUGAAAGCCGGAGACACGGUGAAGCACGCGAUGGAGCUAUUGUAUCGCAGGAACGUGUUCGGCGCUCCGAUCGCCGACUCCAUCGACCCUGAAAACAUCACCGGCAGGGCCUCCGAUCGAUACAUGGGUUUCAUCGAUUUCGCCAGGAUGCUUCUUUGGUGUCUCCAUGAAUCUGAAAAGCGGCACGCCAAGAUCACCGCCGAUUUCGACAGCAUUUCCACAAUGCUGCAUGAGAAUCCUGAAAUCGCAGACACGAAGGUCGGAGAGCUGGCAAAGUCGUUUCUUUGGGACCCGUUUUUCCCAGUUCAUCUGGAGGAUACUGUGUUUCAUGUUCUGCUGCUUCUUUGCAAGCACCAGCUCCAAGUUGUUCCGGUUGUAGAGGAGUCUGAGAUUCAAGUCAUUGGCUUUGUCACCCAGAAUGCAGUGAUCCACUUGCUGCUUCGGUCAGCCGGGCUCGAAUGGUUCGAUGCCAUUGCUGACAAGCCUUUGUCAGCCUACCGAGAAGAGCAUGUGGUAAGUGUUUAUGGAGACCAGAGCUUGGCAGAAGCUCUUCACCUCCUAUGGGGAACCCAAAUCGGUGUUAUUGCUGUAGUGAACCGAACAAAUGAGACCAUCAUUGGCUGCAUCAGAAACAGUGACGCCUAUCUCCUUCUAGAGAAUGAUGACCUGUUCCGCAACAGAAAGACAAUAACAGCAGAGGAGUUCAUUCAUACAGAAACAGGAGUGAAUUCAGAUUGUGAUCCUACUAUUCAGAAAGACUUAGGAGCGCUGCUUUCGGCUGGAACGCUGAAACUGAAGAAUAACUUUCUACCAAAGAUGGAUUCAGUAGUUGCCAACACGAGAAGUGACACCCUGAAGCAGGCCAUGAUGAAGCUAUCAGAGACAAACAGCAGUUUCAGCUUCAUCGUUGAUCAAUCGAUGAACCCCACCGGGAUUCUCCUGUCUCGGGAUGUCAUUGUUCAGUUUGCUCCACCUGGCAUGGAUUCAAGCUUUCAAGGAGGAGGGUUUUUCGAGUUUGCGCUUGAGCAAGCUGGUUGCCAGGUGAAGAAUGGCACUGUUGUUUGUGACCAUCAAUCUUCUUCCAGUAGACUUGUCAAAGCUACAGCUGAUAAUGCAUCUUAAAAAUCUAGAACAAGCAGGAAAGUAGGGAUGACAACUGAGAGGAAAUUCGUGAGAUUCCAUGGAAUUCAAGUUGUACUUUCCACGUAAAUUAUUCUUGUAAACCAGCAGAAGUGUACCUGCUGCCUCAAUUCAUAGGAAAUCAA